CGGAGGGUAGGCAAAGGCGAGAAGCGGCGGAGCUCCUAGUCUGCCUGCUUGCGCCUUGAGCUCGGGGGGCCGCCGGCGGGGCCAGCCUCGGAACGCGGUGCCCUUCAAGCUUUCCAACCCCCGCCCCGGCCGCCUUUGCGCCUCCUCCUCCUCCUCUUCCUCCGGGCCCCAGCCAGCAUGGAAAGCGCCGCGCUCGGAGCCGAGUUCAACAUCCUCCUGGCCACGGACUCCUACAAGGUCACACAUUACAAACAGUAUCCACCCAACACAAGCAAAGUUUAUUCCUACUUCGAAUGCCGUGAAAAGAAGACGGAGAACUCCAAAUUAAGGAAGGUCAAAUAUGAGGAAACGGUUUUUUACGGAUUGCAGUACAUACUUAAUAAAUACUUACAAGGCAAAGUGGUAACCAAAGAGAAAAUACAGGUAGCCAAAGAAGUAUACAAGGAACAUUUUCAAGACGAUGUCUUCAACGAACCAGGAUGGACCUAUAUUCUUGAGAAGUAUGAUGGCCGUCUUCCUAUUGAAAUAAAGGCUGUUCCCGAGGGAUUUGUCAUUCCCAGAGGAAAUGUACUUUUCACAGUUGAAAACACGGAUCCAAACUGUUACUGGCUCACAAACUGGAUUGAGACAAUUCUUGUUCAGUCGUGGUAUCCCAUCACAGUAGCGACAAAUUCCAGGGAACAGAAGAAGAUCCUGGCGAAAUACUUGUUGGAAACCUCAGGCAGUUUAGAAGGACUGGAAUACAAACUUCACGACUUCGGUUACAGAGGGGUGUCUUCGCAAGAGACUGCAGGAAUCGGAGCUUCGGCACAUUUGGUGAACUUCAAAGGCACGGAUACCGUAGCAGGAAUUGCUUUAAUUAAGAAAUAUUACGGCACAAAAGACCCUGUCCCAGGUUAUUCCAUUCCAGCUGCUGAACACAGUACUAUAACAGCUUGGGGGAAAGACCACGAAAAAGACGCUUUCAAACAUAUUGUGACCCAUUUCUCUUCAGUGCCUGUAUCUGUGGUCAGUGACAGUUACGACAUUUACAAUGCUUGCGAACAAAUCUGGGGUGAGGAUUUAAGGCAUUUGAUUGAGUCGAGAAGUGCCGAAGCUCCUCUGAUUAUCCGGCCAGAUUCCGGAAAUCCUCUCGACACCGUGCUGAAGGUUUUGGAAAUUUUAGGAAAGAAGUUCCCCAUUACAGAAAAUUCGAAAGGUUAUAAAGUGUUGCCCCCUUACCUCAGAAUUAUUCAAGGAGACGGUGUGGAUAUCAACACGUUGCAAGAGGUUGUGGAGGGCAUGAAAAAGCAGAAAUGGAGCAUUGAAAACAUUGCCUUCGGCUCAGGCGGAGCCCUGCUGCAGAAAUUAACCAGAGAUCUCUUGAACUGCUCGUUCAAAUGCAGUUACGUGGUUACUAAUGGCCUUGGGGUGAACGUCUUCAAAGAUCCCGUCGCCGAUCCCAACAAACGGUCCAAGAAAGGAAGGUUGUCCUUACACAGAACGCCGAACGGAGACUUCGUCACGCUAGAAGAAGGCAAAGGGGAUCUCGAAGAAUAUGGACAGGAUCUCCUUCACACGGUGUUUAAAAAUGGCGUAGUGACGAAGAUGUACUCGUUCGACGAAAUCAGACAAAAUGCCAAGUUGAAGACAAACGAAUUUUCCGUGGCGUCUCACUAAAGUUUCAUUCCAUGUUGGUAUAUGUGCAACAAUUAUGUACUGAAAAUUGGUUUCUUGUAGAGAUCUGUGUGUUUGUGUUUGCCCCAUCCUAGCCAAAUUAUUUGUUGGUUUAUGGACAUCAGUGCCCUAUUAUGUUUUUCCUCUUUAAUUUUUGGCCAGUCUAAAAUUGAAAUAUUUACAGCCGAAGACCUGAUCCGUGUAAUUCUAAGAGUCCUUUGCUAGUCGGGAUUCCAUCCGGUCCAGAUCUCAAUGAGAACAGUGAUGAGAUGUUUUAUAAAUAAAUAAAUGAAUAUAUAUAUAGAUAUAUAUAUAGAUAUAGAUAUAUAUAUAUAUAUAGUAGCAUAUCGCAAAAGAAGAUUUACCGAAUAGUAUCAUCGCUUUAUGUUUAUAAUUAACUUGUAUUUUUGUACAAAACGGAGAUUGUGUAAAAUAUAUUUAAAAGUUUCAAUAAUUCCGUCUUUCCAACUUUUUCGUGAUUUUUACGAGCACAGAACUUUUAAGGAAAUAAUAACCGGGGGUGGGUAGGGAAAAAAACUCACUGCCUUUUUGUUUUAUUUUUUUUUGUCCAUUGAUCAGCAAAUAAAACAUGGCCUUACGUUUUAUCGUGAAAAAUUUGUCCUGUUUUGGAAGUUUUAAUCAGGAUAGCUCGCUCACAACUCUGAGGAAAAAACAAACAAACUCCAGUCUUAGGUUGUUCUGCCAUUAAAAGCCAGAUUUUUUUUUGUGUGUGUGUAUCCACCGUAUUUGCGUAUCAGUCUGAUAACGUGACUUCUAUAAUUGCAAAACUUUGUUUAAGAGGAGGAGAUAAAUAUUCACGGAAUGCCAAAUAACGAGUAAUUUAUUGUUGCAAAAAAAAAAAAAAAAUUGCCAAGUUUGUCUCUCUCUCUCUCUCUCUCCAAACAGGGAAGCUGCAAUCUCAAACGCACACCUGAAUUCGGUGUAAAAUCCCGUUGAAAUUUAACGGGGUUUAUUUCAACUGAGCGUAAAGCUAAGAAGUCACCUUCCAGACAUAGAUGUGUGAAAUACAGUUAGGGACAGGUUGUAUUAAUUCCGAUUUUAUUUUUUUCCCCAGACAUGGUUACAAACGACAAAACGAAAAUACUGGAUUGAAAUAGUGCACUUUUUAACUUUUUUUUUUUUGUAUUUUGGUCUUGAGUUUUGUUCUCUCACUCUCUCUUUUUUUUCCCCUUUGUCAGACUGGAUGUUAAAUUGUAUAGAUGUCUUAAAUAUUUUUUCUUUUGUUAAAUAAUUCUAAUAAAACAUUGUUCUAGACAAACUGUUUUUACACUGCUAGCUUUCCCUUAAAAAAAAAAAAAGAACAUUAGGCAUUUAAAAAAAAACACGAACUUUAAACACAAUGAAUGAGAUUUUUUUCCCAUGACUUGAAUAAUUUUCUACAGAUGCUCUGAACCGCUGAGUUGAAGAACAAAUUUUCUUAAUAAUAAGGCGCGAGGUAUUAAAUUCUCAGGUUGAAUGGCCAGGGAUGGUUAUUGGAAAAGGGACUUAACUGGUCUUUUGAGGUGGCAAUAAAAAAAAUUGAGAGGGCUAUUCAUUUUUUUUUUUAAGUACUGGAAUAUCUGGAAUUUAUAUUAAGCUUAAACAAUUAUCUGAACACCAGUUCAGUAAAGCUCUAAACAACAUAAAUGAAAGCAAAGAGAAUGUGCUUUUAAACCUGUUUGGAAAGCCAUAUUUUAAAUGUUCUGCUCUGAAAUACAUUGCCAGAUUUGUUAGGGCAAUUACGCCCCAUUUUAAUCAAUUUAUUUUUUGUUUGAUAAGGUUUUGGAUAUGGUGUGUGCUGAAAAUAAGGAUGGAUGUACAUUGUUACUUGAUUCAUUUUCUUAGCAGUGAGUUGGAGGCCCAGAAAAUAAACAUAACUUAAAUAAACACACAGGUCGUCCUCAGCGUACAACCACAAAUUUGAGCCCAAUGUUUCUGUUGCUAAGUGAGACAGCUGUUACGUGAGCUUUGCCCCCUUUUUACAGCCUGCCGUACCACCGUUGUUAAGUGAGUCACUGUAGGUGUUAGCUUCGUAGCAGGGUUGUUUUAGGGACUCUGGCUUCCCCCAUUGACUUCGCUUGUCAGACGGCCGCAAAAGGAGUUCAUGUGACCCCCGGGACACUGCAACCGUCAUAAAUAUGAGUCGGUUGCCAGGCAUCUGGAUUUUGAUCACGUGGCCACGGGGAUGCUGCAAUGGUUGUUGGUGUGAAAAAUGAGUGUGUCACUUCUUUUCAGUGCUGUUGUCACUUGCCUGCCUGCCUAUCUCUAUCUCCAUCCAUGCAUCUGUCUGUCUCUAUCUAUCAUCUAUCUUUCUAUCCUGUCUCUGUCUAUCAUCUGGCAUCUAUCAUCUAUCUAUCUACCUUCUGUCUGUCCGUCCAUCCAUCCCUCUAUCUACCUUCUGUCCAUACAUCCAACCAAUCAUAUGUCCAUCCGUCCAUUAUCUGUCUGUCUAUCUAUCUGUCCAUCCUUAUAUCUACCCUCUGUCCAUCCAUCUAACCAAUCAUCUGUCCAUCCAUUAUCUAUCUAUCUAUCUGUCUGUCCAAGCUUCUGUCUACCCUCUGUCCAUCCCUCUAUCUACCCUCUGUCUGUCUAUCUAACCAAUCAUCUGUCCAUCCAUCCAUUAUCUAUCUAUCUAUCUAUCUACUGUCUGUCCAUCCCUCUAUCUACCCUCUGUCCAUCCAUCUAACCAAUCAUCUGUCCAUCCAUUAUCUAUCUAUCUAUCUAUCUACCUACCUACCUACCUACCUACCUAUCUAUCUGUCUGUCCAAGCUUCUGUCUACCCUCUGUCCAUCCCUCUAUCUACCCUCUGUCUAUCUAUCUAACCAAUCAUCUGUCCAUCCAUCCAUUAUCUAUCUGUCUGUCUGUCUGUCUGUCUGUCCGUCCAUCCUUCUGUCUACACCCUGUCCAUCUCUCUAUCUACCUUCUGUCUAUCCAUCUAACCAAUUAUCUGUCCAUCCAUCCAUUAUCUCUAUCUAUCUAUCUAUCUAUCUAUCUAUCUAUCUAUCUAUCUAUCUAUCUAUGUAGGUCUUUGGUUGUUCGGGUUUUCUCCCGUGUAAAAUUGGAAGUGUCUUGGCGACGUUUCGACGAAGUCUCAUUCGUCAUCUUCAGGCUUCAGCUUCGUGCUUCUGGGAGCUAUCUAUCUAUCUAUCUAUCUAUCUAUCUAUCUAUCUAUCUAUCUAUCUAUCUAUCUAUCACCAUUUACACACACACCCCAACUCAGAAUAUGGCGUAGUCAAUGGCUCUUCUCUUUUUACCAUUUUUUGAAGAAGCAUAACAUGCCGUUAUUACUAGCCAUAUGGAUCAUACACAUCCACAAAAACCCAGCAAAAAAACUCUGGACAUUUCACACUGUCCGAUAAAACACCUUCAUCGCCCUGCACGGAUUCGCAUCCCCCAAUCAUCUCCAUAUAUACGCCAUGCAGGAAGUCCUCGACUUACGACCACAACUUGAGCUCCAAUUGUUUGUUGAUCAGCAAGACCGUUCUUAAGUGAGUUUUGCCCCAUUUUAUGACCUUUCUCGGCACGCUUGUUAAGUGAAUCGCUGCAUUUAAGUUAGUAACAUGGUUGUUAAAGUCAACCUACCUUCCCCGUUGAUUUUGCUCUCCGAACGUCACAAAACCUGAUCACGUGACUCCAGGACCCCGCAACCGUCAUAAAUACGAGACCGUUGCCAAACAUCCGAAUUUUAAUCCCGUAACCAUGGGGAUGCCGCAACGGUUAAUAAUUGUCAGCUGUCAUAAGUUUCUUUUUUUUUUUUCCAGUCUCCUUGUAACUUCGGUCACUAAACGAAUGGUUGUAAGUCAAGGACCACCCCGUACUCUGAAAACUGAACAUUUCUGUAUUCAGCUUUGGAAACACAAAUGAAUUUUCUUCACGUAUAUUUGGAAUUUAUAUAACCGUGCGUGUGUGUGUAUCUGUUUAAAUUAAAUGAAAUAUACUUAGUUGUAGGGGUGUGAAGGCCCAGAAUAAAAAAUAAAUAAAUAUUUUGGAGGAAAUAA